AUGAACGAGUCCAAAAGGCAUGGAACAAGGAUUUUUAAAAAGUCUACCCCGAAUGGGAAGGUGACUGUUUAUCUUGGAAAACGCGACUUCGUCGACCAUCUAACUCACGUGGAUCCCAUCGAAGGCGUUGUGUUAGUCGAUGCAGAAUACGUUAAAGGUCGCAAGGUUUUUAUUCACCUGCUCUGCGCUUUUCGACACGGUCGCGAUGGAGAUGAGUUCCACGGUAUUGAUUGGCACAGAGAUCUAUUUCUUAACACCAAACAAGUUUACCCACCACCUGGUCCGGCGGACGAAAGCACUCUGCACUUGAAAAUUUCUCGUCUCCAGGAGCGUCUCAUUCGGAAGCUGGGUCCAGACAGUUAUCCGUUUACUUUCAAGUACUGCACCUCCAAUAUCGAUGCUGGAUACGAAUGCGUGGGAUCCGAGGGUCGGACUUCCUUGACGUGUUUGAUCCUUGUCUGCCAGCUGUUGAAGGCAAAAACGCGGAUUCCCUUGCGUCGGCAAGUGAACAUUUUGACGUGCGUGACCUACUACAACCGUCGUUAUCGCGUUGGCGUGCUCCCCACCUACACACCUGCCUCAGUCUCUCUUCUGCUGCACUCCUCCGAUGUCGGGAAGCUUUAUGCAGUCGGUCGCCAUAAGCUGGCAAAGAACACAAAGCAUGCUUGUGGUGCCGAGCUCAGGCGAGAAACUCUAGAUGUCACAUUUACACCCUGCCGAGUUGACUACGAACUGAAAGUCUACGUGGUAGACGAGGAUGGCUCCCGAGUACAAAAGCGACUCACGGACUGGUGGUGUAAACAACUCAAAGAAUCCAGGAACGAAGCUGAUGAUUUUGUAACUGUUCAGUGGGCGAGAAAAUACGUCACCAUAGGCUUGAGGAACUCGGUGCGCAUGAUUGUGCGCAAGCUGACCUUUGCACCCGAUGAGGCAGGUCCCCAACCGACAACAGAGGUUGUUCGCGACUUUCUCAUGAGUCUUGGAAGUUUGCGCGUCGAAGCCUCCCUCGACAAGCAGAAAUACUUCCACGGCGAAUCGAUAGUUGUCAAUGUGCUUGUGGACAAUAACUCCACGAAAACUGUCAAAAAGGUUAAACUGAUAGUGCGACAGUACACGGUCAUCUGUCUUCCGAACGCGGGCCAUUACAAGUGCAAUGUCGCCGAAAUUAACUCCGAAACGUAUGAUCAGUGGUUAAUCAGUGGACUAUGGCGAUUUUUACUGGCUUUUCUACUUUCUUUGCACAGAGAGGGCUUCCCCAUAUGGCCAAGUCAAACGGGCUGGUGUAAGGUGUACCGCCUGUGCCCCCUCCUCGCGGACAAUCGGGACAAGUCGGGUUUGGCGCUGGACGGCGAUCUUAAAAAUGAGGACACCAAUCUCGCCUCCUCCACUAUCGUGCCCACCAACUCCUCUCGAGAGGCUCUGGGUAUUGUGGUGCAGUACAAGGUCAAGAUUCGUCUUGUUUUGGGAUUUGGAUUGAGCUAUAUAUUUCGCCCCGAUUUCCGUUGGUACUACUGCAGAGUCAUAGUAUCGUCUCCUUUCAGCAGAGAAGCUGUUGCAAAGCUGAGAAGAGGAGGAAGCUACAGAACAAGAAUUGCGGAACACCAGAGCCUGGUAGUUGUGUACUCAUUAGGCGAGGCUGUUUGCGUAGCGUUACUGCUGCUGCUGCUGCCGUGGCCGCCUCUGAGACGGGAUGAGUCAGCUGCAGCAGCGGCAGCAGCAGCAGCAGGAACCGUUGAGGUCGAAACCCGAGCAAAUCUGAACUGUUCCCUUUACCAGGAGAAAAAUUUGGAGAGUUUGAUUAUCCGUAUUUGUAUUGAUAUGCCAGGCAGCUUUGAUUCCGUCGAUGCCCCAGGAAAUCUUAUCGCACCUUUGAUCCUUCCACCUUUCAGUGAUGUCUGCCUGGAGCUGCCCUUUAUUCUUACCCAUCCGAAUCCCGAAACCGGUGCUACUACUCCUGGCAGUGGUGCGGAGGGUGCUGGUGAUGGUUUGGAAGACUUUCACUUCACCGAAGCGGGUCGUGCAGGCGACGAGAGUAGUGGAGGGGAGGGAGUAGAAGGCCCUGCACUCCCCCCAUUACCUCCGCAAGCUCCCCAACCGCUCACACCCAACGGUGGUGCUGGAGCCUCGCGACCACAAAUGGGCCUGUUGGCAAAGCGAGCUGCGGGUGGUGGAAGUGCCGGUAGCAAUAGCAGAGGCCCGAAAUCGCCCCCCAAUUCGCACAUUGCCGAAUUUCUUCACGCCUCCGAGAUGCCCGAUGGCAUGGCGGCAUUUGCACCUCCUCCACCUUCUGCCACGGGCGCCUCUACGGAUGCUGCGGAUGUCUUAGAAACCUUUCUUGGCAUGCUUGAGUCCCCUCCACCCUCCAAUAGCAAUGGGCAUUCAAACGGAACGCAUCCACAGGGUCAUCCGCCUCCCUCCUCUCCGGCCACGUCCUCCGCCCUGGCGAUCAGUUCCACCCAGGGCGCAGCAUCGACAAAUAAGUGUCAGCAGAUGGACGCAGAUGACCUGAUUUUUGAGGACUUUGCACGUCUUCGUUUGAUGCAACAACAGCAACAGCGACAGCAAGGUCAACAACAAGGUCAACGGACUGCCCCCUAA